AUGUUUAUUGCAGCCCAGUUCACAAUUGCAAAGAUAUGGAGCUAACCCAAGUGCAAAAUGUGGUACACAUACACCAUGGAAUACUAUGCAGCCAUAAAAAAGGAUGAGUUCAUGUCCUUUGCAGGGACAUGAAUGAAGCUGGAAACCAUCAUUCUCAGCAAACUAACACAGGAACAGAAAACCAAACACCGCAUGUUCUCACUCAUAAGCGGGAAUUGA